GAGUUGCUCAAUAUAAAGGCACCAUAAAAUAUUUGCUCUCAGAUUCCACAUAAAGCAUUGCAGAGUUCUUCUGGAGACUUGGAGCUCUUUGGAAGCCAAGUAUUCCACAAUGAAGAGUUUUCUGGCUUUCCUUGUUGCAAUGGGCAUCAUAGUGACCCUGGGUGAUGCAUACUGCUUUUCUAAACUCAACAAGCCGGGGGAGGCCGACAAAGGCUGUAUGCUGGAUGGAAAACUAUACCCCCUUGGAGAGAUUGCGAGAACAGAAAAUUGCUUCAGAUGCAGCUGCAGCCGAGAUGCAAUGCGUUGCUGCUCCCUCUUUCAUACUCCUAUUGGUUAUGACAAAGAGAACUGCAAAGUUGUUUUCAACAAGAAAACCUGUGACUACGACGUGGUGCAGAAGAGCGACCCCUCAAAAGAGUGUCCCGUCUAUUCUCGUGUGGGCUAACAACCACCUGCUCUGAACCUCUCUGCACAGUGGAAUUGCUUUGCCAUCACAGAGAAGCUUGAAGACAUGGGAGAUCUUGUAAGAGAGAGUACUUCAGCAGCUCACUUCUAAUCUCCUAAUUGUUCUAAUUCAGUAUACAAGAUGCAUAAUUAGAUACAGUGUCUCAUUUCUGUCAUUACUUGCAUUGGUAUCACUGAGCUUUUUUGAAUAAAAUAAAUCCAGAUGAAACAUC